CCCGGAGAGCAGUCCAGGCUCGGCACGCGGCGGAGCUGCGGCGCCCCAGCUGCUGGGGGCAGCGACGAGGUGGCCGCCUUGCGCCUCCCCGGACUUCCCAAGUGGGGGCAGCGCAGCCGCUCGCGGAGCCGCCAGUUAGAAGGCGCAGGGAAAGACCGACCUCCAAACUCCUCCUCAGCGUCUCAUCUCCACCCCCUUUUGGCCCCUGCCCUUGGAGAAAGUGGAGUGGGGCGCUUGGUUAUCAUUCUUUCUUCUGACUGCUUCGUGGUGCACGGAUUCAGCUGCUGCCCAGUGGGGCUCUCCGCUGUUCGCGCGUCUGUGUGUGGUUCCCCCCGGCACACCUCUGUCGACGAUGAGGAAAGGUCUGCGGGCGACAGCGGCCCGCUGCGGACUGGGCGUGGGGUACGUGCUGCAAAUGCUCGUGCUACCUGCCCUGGCCCUUCUCGGCGCCAGCGGCACCGGUUCGGCCGCUCAAGACGAUGACUUUUUUCAUGAACUGCCAGAAACCUUUCCAUCUGAUCCACCUGAGCCUCUGCCACAUUUUCUUAUCGAGCCCGAAGAAGCUUAUAUUGUGAAGAAUAAGCCUGUGAACCUGUACUGUAAAGCCAGCCCCGCCACCCAGAUCUACUUCAAGUGUAAUAGUGAAUGGGUUCAUCAGAAGGACCACAUAGUAGAUGAGAGAGUAGAUGAAACUUCUGGUCUCAUUGUCCGGGAAGUAAGCAUUGAGAUUUCGCGCCAGCAAGUGGAAGAACUCUUUGGGCCUGAAGAUUACUGGUGCCAGUGUGUGGCCUGGAGCUCAGCGGGUACCACAAAGAGCCGGAAGGCCUACGUGCGCAUUGCAUAUCUACGGAAGACAUUUGAGCAGGAACCCCUGGGAAAGGAAGUAUCCUUGGAACAGGAAGUCUUGCUCCAGUGCCGACCACCUGAGGGGAUCCCAGUGGCUGAGGUGGAAUGGUUGAAAAAUGAAGACAUAAUUGAUCCCGUCGAAGAUCGGAACUUUUAUAUUACUAUUGAUCACAACCUUAUCAUCAAGCAAGCCCGCCUCUCAGAUACUGCAAACUAUACCUGUGUCGCCAAAAACAUUGUUGCCAAGAGGAAAAGCACAACGGCAACUGUCAUCGUCUAUGUAAAUGGUGGCUGGUCCACCUGGACAGAGUGGUCUGUGUGUAAUAGCCGUUGUGGACGAGGGUAUCAGAAACGCACAAGGACCUGUACCAACCCAGCGCCACUUAAUGGUGGUGCCUUCUGUGAAGGGCAGAGCGUGCAGAAAAUAGCCUGUACCACUUUAUGCCCAGUGGAUGGCAGGUGGACCUCCUGGAGCAAGUGGUCUACUUGUGGGACAGAGUGCACACACUGGCGCAGGAGGGAGUGCACGGCGCCAGCCCCUAAGAACGGAGGCAAGGACUGCGAUGGUCUCGUCUUGCAAUCCAAGAACUGUACUGAUGGGCUUUGCAUGCAGAGUUUCAUUUAUCCUAUUUCAACUGAACAGAGAACCCAGAAUGAAUAUGGAUUUUCUUCUGCUCCUGACUCAGACGACGUCGCUCUGUAUGUUGGCAUUGUGAUAGCCGUGAUCGUUUGCCUGGCCAUUUCUGUAGUGGUGGCCCUAUUUGUAUAUCGGAAGAAUCAUCGUGACUUUGAGUCUGAUAUUAUUGACUCUUCGGCACUCAAUGGAGGCUUUCAGCCUGUGAACAUCAAGGCAGCAAGGCAAGAUCUCCUGGCAGUCCCCCCAGACCUCACAUCUGCUGCAGCCAUGUACAGAGGACCUGUCUAUGCGUUGCAUGAUGUAUCGGACAAAAUCCCAAUGACCAACUCUCCAAUUCUGGAUCCACUGCCUAACCUGAAAAUCAAAGUAUACAACACCUCAGGUGCUGUCACCCCCCAAGAUGACCUCUCUGAAUUUGCAUCAAAGCUAUCCCCUCAGAUGACCCAGUCCUUGUUGGAGAAUGAGGCCCUCAACCUGAAGAAUCAGAGUCUAGCAAGGCAGACUGAUCCAUCCUGUACAGCAUUUGGCACCUUCAACUCUCUCGGGGGUCACCUUAUUGUUCCUAAUUCAGGAGUAAGCUUGCUGAUUCCCGCUGGCGCCAUUCCCCAAGGAAGAGUCUACGAAAUGUAUGUGACUGUACACAGGAAAGAAAAUAUGAGGCCACCCAUGGAAGACACACAGACACUCUUGACCCCUGUGGUGAGCUGUGGGCCUCUAGGAGCCCUACUGACCCGGCCCGUCGUCCUCACUAUGCAUCACUGCGCAGAUCCCAACACUGAGGACUGGAAGAUACAGCUCAAACACCAGGCAGCUCAGGGGCAGUGGGAGGACGUGGUGGUGGUGGGAGAGGAAAACUUCACGACCCCCUGCUACAUUCAGCUGGACGCGGAGGCCUGCCACCUCCUCACAGAGAACCUCAGCACUUACGCCCUGGUCGGGCAGUCCACCACCAAAGCAGCCGCGAAGCGCCUGAAGCUGGCCAUCUUUGGGCCACUCUGCUGCUCAUCUCUGGAGUACAGCAUCCGUGUCUACUGUCUGGAUGACACCCAAGAUGCCCUGAAGGAAGUUCUGCAGCUUGAGAGACAGAUGGGAGGACAGCUCCUAGAAGAACCUAAGGCUCUUCAUUUCAAAGGCAGCACCCAUAACCUGCGCCUGUCGAUUCACGACAUCGCCCAUUCCCUCUGGAAGAGCAAAUUGCUAGCUAAAUAUCAGGAAAUUCCUUUUUACCACAUCUGGAGCGGGUCUCAGAGAAACCUCCACUGCACAUUCACUCUGGAAAGAUUUAGCCUGAACACGGUGGAGCUGGUUUGCAAACUCUGUGUGCGACAGGUAGAAGGAGAAGGGCAGAUCUUCCAGCUAAACUGCACCGUGUCAGAGGAACCUACUACUGGCAUGGAUUUGCCUCUGCUGGAUCCAGCAAGCACCAUCACCACCAUGACAGGACCCAGUGCUUUCAGUAUCCCUCCCCCUAUCCGGCAGAAGCUCUGUAGCAGCCUGGACGCCCCACAGACCAGAGGUCAUGACUGGAGGAUGUUGGCCCAUAAGCUAAACCUGGACAGGUACUUGAAUUACUUUGCCACCAAAUCAAGCCCAACUGGCGUAAUCCUGGAUCUUUGGGAAGCACAAAACUUCCCGGAUGGAAACCUGAGCAUGCUGGCAGCUGUCUUGGAAGAAAUGGGAAGACAUGAAACAGUCGUGUCUUUAGCAGCAGAAGGACAGUAUUGACCCAUGCAGGGACUGACGAUAAGGCCGAGAAUGCACCGGGAGUCUGUGGCCAUCCCGGGGAUCCCAGCUGAGAAGGAAAUCCAGACUAGACCAAUGAGCUUCACAGGCAAGAUGGCAGCGGGAGAGAGAAGAAAAACAGAUGCAACUGAUAUACACGCCCACUUUACUCGGACAUCAUCACAAACGUUAAGAACAAUUGUAUACAUUUGUACUUUGAAUUUAGAAACCAAUCUAAUUUUCUUCUUUGUUGGGCUGUAUGCUGUGUGGUACAGGAUCUUACAGUUUCCUAGGAAACGCUUUUUAUCGCUAUCCAGAUAUAUGGAUAAACUUUCUUAACAAACCCAAUUUCUACAAAUGUUGUUUACAUCACAUUGGACAGGGAUGCAGACACUGUCCAUGGCUCGUUCUAUUUUUGUUUAAAUCAUUUGAAGUUGAAGCUGGGGAUGGUUUGUUGUGUCUAAUUCAGAUUAGUAAUUUACCGAGAAAUCAGACUUUUGCUACAAAUCAUGUGCACCAAGUGUCUCAGAUAAUCCUCCCAUCAGUGUUCUGUUUCUAGAACUUGUAGAACCAGUGUUACUGUUUGUAUCAGGGAAGUGGAGAGGAGUAAGUAACUGAGGCUCCUUAUUCCUUGAGGACACCCAUCCAGUACCCUCUGGGAAUAAAGCUGUAGCAUUGCAGGAAAGACAGUGAUUCAUGUUCAACCACACAAACAAGCAUUUCUUCACAACGUGUGUUUGUAAUAUUCAAUUUGAAGUGUUUUCUUUUUUAAAGUAUCGUUAUUAUCAUUAUUAUUAUUGAUGAGUAUUUACAAGUAUUCUAGUAAAAGGAGUUUCUUUCAACUUCUGUUUUUGUUAGCAGUACUGCUAGUAUUUAGGUAUUGACUAGACCUGCCUCAUCUUCUCACAUAACAAGGUGGGCGUGGUCACCAGUUUAAUUAAACAGGCAUUGCUUCCUUGACCUUUCAUCUUUUCCCCAUCAUUCUGCCCCAGAAAGGUAGUAAAUGCGUACUGGCUUUGUCAGUCUGUUUCUGCUUGCUCAGGCAGGGUCUUUCUCCUCUGAGUCUUGUCAUGAGAAGCAUUCUCUAUUCAAAUUCACAUAAUAUUGGGGUCACAUGGCCCCACACUGACUCCCCUCAGUGCUCUAACUACCUUAGAGUCAGUGUGCUGGGAGGAACAGCCUCUGAACUGGUAAUCAGGAAACCAGUUCUCAUUCUGGGUUUGUCCUUACCUAGCUGUGCUACCCUGGGAAAGUCAUUUACCCUUACUAGACUUCAGUUUCCUCACCUGUAAAAUGAAGGGGUGGGAUUAGAUCAUCUCAAGGUUUCAAAUGUUGGACAUCCACUCCAGUCUCAUUCAUCACUGUGAAGACCAAAAUGGACUCAGAGCUGGAUAAUUUAAAGAUCCAUAAAAGCUAGUCACUUGCCCAGGCUACAUUAUGCCUUCCAAAUAGUUUUGACUUGGAAGAUAAUUAUUCUAACCUGUACCAUAUUUGUUAUGCUUUCAAGUCUUGUCUUUGUGUCAUUGCAUUAUGUUGUUCACCAAGAGAUGGCAUCCCUUUAUUAUCACUUUCUUUCCUCUCUUGGGACCACUUGCCUCCCUGCUUAGUUGCAAAUUAUGUUCUAUUAUUGUCUUCGUAAAAAUAUUUUAAAUUAAAAAAAACAAUUUAACUGAAAAAUAGUUAAUCAACAGACUACUUUGUGUAAACUAUGAUAUUUCCUUAGGACUAUCACAGGCUCCUCGUUUUAACACAUGGACUCAAAUCAUUCAGCAGGUGGGGAAUAGAGAGUCAACAGCCCAGCAGCCAAACCAAGAUUGAAAAACAAGGACCCAUGUGUAUGAAGCAAAACCUUCAAAACAUGGUUAUGGUUUACUUUGGGGCUAGAGGUAUCCAGGUUGCUGAGUGGAUUUUAAUUAGAAACCAUUUCAUACAUUUUCUUUACUUCCACAUGUAUUUCCUCUCCUAUUUUGGUGACUUCUAGGUAUUUCCAUGCUCCUCCAUCCUCAUCGUUGAGAAAAUAUUGAUGCCUUAGUAUGGAGCCUUUUCUUUCAGACCUUUAUUUUCUGUUUUAGGCAUUUAUUCUAAAUCUGUCUCUCUCGCGCGCCCCAACCCCCACCUCCCGCACUAUAUAUAAAAAUAUGCUACAGUUAUCAUGAAAGGGAAAGAUUGCACUAGUAAACAAAUUCAGUGGGUAAUGUUUGUACCAAUGCAUAUUUGACCAAAAGAUAGUAAAAGUGUAUCCUACAGAAAAAGAAAAAUAAAUAGAUUAUUUGUUUUUAAAGGAGGAGAAAAGCGAGCUAUUGUCCACUGCAGCAUCUUGAAAUACCUUCUGAAGAUUGCUCACCAUUACUGGUUGUCAUCUAUGGAAAUCAAGAAUUAGAAAUAUGAAGGACGCUCAAAGGAAUGUCCACGCCUAAUGAAAAGUAGAAGCAAGAAAAUAUGUGGCUAUCCAAAUAAAUCCAUUCAGAACUUGAGCUAGAAAAAAAGUCACUAAAAAGUCAUCAACACAGAAAUAUUGAACAUAGCAAGAACUAUAUUAUCAAAGCCAUUGAGGGCCUUUGGGGUUCAUUUCAAACACUUUGUAUUUUUUGUUCAACCUCCCAGCACCAGAAACAGCAAGAGGGGUUAAUUCCUUAUAAGCAAGGUACUUAACUGUCAUGGAACAGUGUUCUGUUCCCUAUCAAGAGAAUGGCAACCUCCAUGCAUACAACACACCAUGUCAAAUAAUUUUCACUAUGAAUUCUGAUUUCCUUCUUCUUUGGAGUAGAGUAAUAGCUAUUAGAUGGCUCUCAGACGUGUAAGGUCCAUACCCAACAGUUCAUUUCAUAGGGAGCCACUUCAUCAGCCAUUCUGUUACACAUCCUGCCUUUCAUUCCUAGGGCUUCUGUAGAGCUUGUGAGGAAAGACUGGCUUCAUUUGGAAGGGAAAACCUAUCACUUGUGCGUGGUGCCAUCUAGCGGUGUGUAACACAAUCUACCCUGAGUUGAAUAUAAAAACUAAAAGUUUGGCAAAGGGAAUGAAUACCUGCAGAGUCAAUAGGACGUUUAUGACAAAUCAAUGUGGGGAAAUUUUCACUUCAAAUAAGUUUUCCUAUUCUCACAUGUUGUUCACUUAAGUUACCCGUAUCAAAAAUUGCGUGUCAUUAUGUGCCUAGUACGUCAUCAACUCAUUCAUACAUGACAUGUCUCAACUUGGUUUUUGGUAAUAGAAAUACACAAAAAUCUAUACAAAACAUUUUUCAUUGGGCUUUAUAUGUUUUCAAUCUCCUUAUUUCUGGUUCUCUAAUACUUAUUUUUGGAAAUGUAAGAAGCAUCCUCUUGGAAAGAAAUAAGCUUUAUAUAUGCAAAUGAGACAACUAUGUCUAAGGAAGUAAAAAAUUAUGGUUUGUAAUCAAGGAGAAGAAAGAGGCUUCCUUUCUUCUGAAUUUGGGGAUCUAAAGGCAGCGGUUUAAUCCAGUUUCAUUUUCUUUUUUCCACACUCGUUCAGAUUUCCUUAAAGUGCUCUGGAAGGAACAGAAGUUGGAUUCUGAAUUGAUAACUGGGCAUGAAGUGAUGCCAAACACAUAACACCAAGGCCCUCACAGCUAGCAGCCUUUUCACACACAGCAUGAAUGCCAACGUGGAUCCCUACCUUAGUUACACAGAAACACCCAUCCUCAUGUGAGUAGUUUGCACUACUCACAUGUUCUUCCAAGGCAGGACAGUAUUUUGCGUGAGGUGCCCAAUAUUAAACCGCAUAAUCAUUAGCCAUUUUCAUAUACACUAUCGUUUUGUAGAUUUUAAUCUCUCAAGUUUCCAAUAGGAGAGCCAUUUUUUAGGAAGCUAUCAUAGAGAGUGAGUUCAGGAUACUCUGGAAACCACACAAAUAAUAUUUUUGAAAGGUAUUUCUCCUAUAAGAUGUCUAAAGGUAAGCAUUCAGACCGUAGAAUCAAAACUUGUUUACUUUUUUUGGAGAUGAGCAAACCGGCUCUUAUCUUAUGUAUCCUUACCCGUGUCUGUGUCAGGGACACAGCAGCUGUGCUCUCUGUCCACUUGCUCUCUGUCAUCAGUGUAUGAGGAAGGGAGCCAGUAAGGUGAUCACUGUCUCCCCAGAAUUCACAAGCCUUUGCCUCUAUAAGGUCUGCCCCCAUGGGGUCAAGGAAAUGAAAACCAUGUAAAGACCUAUAAGAGAGUGUACAGAAGGUGGAAACGUUUACUUGUUGAAUUAUCAGCCUUCAGAUUGAAAGUGAGCUUUAGCUUUUGCUCUUUGCACUAGUUAUCAGUUUCACUUAGAAGACCUCAGUGCAAACCCAAUGCUGAUGAGAGAAAAUACAACCAUGGGAACAGCUGAAAUGAAAUUGGGUUUUAUCCAUCUUCUUUGGAAAGAGGAGAUUUUGUGAAUAAGAAUGUCUUUGCUUAAAGCCGAUUAUUUACAAAGAUGAUAAUGGUCAAUGAGCAUUAGAAUUUAUAGAUCCAAUAAAGGAAAUAUUUUUAUUAUUAUCUCAAGGUAAUAAUUUUUUUUAAAACCUUUCGAGUGCCUCAUAGGACCAACUAUUACACUUUGGGUUGUUUUUUUGUAAAUUUUUUUUAACUUUACUGAGCUAAUGUUGACUGAAAUUCUUAGAACUUUGCCUCUGUGCAAUGAAGUGCUGUUUCUCUACCCUAAGAAAUCUAUUUGUAUAAUCUCUGGCUGUACUUAUCACUUUCAAAGAUUUUUCCCUUGUAUCUCUCAAAAAAAUUUUUUAAUGGAGUAAGUCAUAAGGGGAAUAAAAAAUAUUGUAGCCAAUGUUAACUUAAACUUGUGUCCAUACAGGUCAGGUAACCAAAUGGAGUCAUAAAUAUUUCCAGAAUUCAUGACGGAAAACCUGCUACUUUUGAAACAUAGGGAGAUGGCCUUUUAUGUCACUGGGUGGGUUUUCUCUACAGACUAAGUCUAACCAUGAAUUUCCUGAUCCUUUAGUUUUAUCAGCCUUCUGGUUGUCCCCAUUUUCAGAAAUUCUAUCUUAAAAAUUUGUCUUCAGAAAAGUUCAUGGCUCCCAGAUUUUCCAGUGGGCUUAUCACCUCUUUGUAUUGAUCUGUGGUGGGAUAUUAAUGGGUUCAUUCAACCAAAUGUAAUGUAUGUCCCAGACCUAUUUUAGCAUGGUUAAGGAAGGUAUCACCAGGACAACAGACAGGAAUUCCACGAAUGGACUAGUACACAAAGCCAAGCCGGUGUAAGAGGCUAUUUCCCAUCCUGUUGUCCACUAGACUCUUGAGUACUGAUGAGAUCUGUCCAGAGAUCUUCUGGAAUUCCAAGUCAGGAUUCCCUGCAGAAUGUCUUGAGAGUCGUAGCCCAUCAGUUGUAGAGUAGAAAACAAGGAAGCUGCCUUGAGAUACCAUCCGCUGCCCACCAGCCAAAGCAUUCACUCCUAUAUACCAGCCUCUCCGUGUGCCACUUCAGAUUUGUGCCUCAGCAAAAUUAACUCUCAAGGCCAUGACACCAGACAGUCUCUUUCUGAUAUGCCUAAAUCCUAUGUGUCAUCAUCCUUCAAUUCCAAAGGUCCACCACAAUUGGCACUGUUAGAUCUAUUGUUGAACUUGAUGGCACUUACCCGGGGAAAUGACCCUGGAGUUCAGAAUUGUAGGCAGGUUUUGCUGAUCAGUAGCCUAAGGGAGACGAUCCCUUGGCCUCUGAACCUCAGCAGAGCAGUGAGGCAACAUCCGACAAUCAUGACCUGAACUAUGUUCUCCACGUUAAAACAAACCUGUUGUGGAAUCGCAUAAAAGAGCAAGAAAUCUACAGCCAGUGGAAAAUGCCUUUGCCCUUUUAUAUUCGUAAGGUCUCUGAUGACAUCUGCUCAUGUAAGUUUAAAACACAAAUGGAUAUUCCCCCAGGCCUUGGGGAAGAGAGAGGACAGCAAUCAGGACAAGGUGGACAUGUGAUUUGCGCUUAGCGUUCUCCUUUCAUUUGUGCCCAGACCUUGUAUUGGUAGUGAAGACCUCACCCUCGGGACAGGGAGCAUGUAGCCCAGCUGCAGGGAGCGUGCUCACCCCAUGUGUGCCGGACGCCACAGGGCUGUGUGUGUUCACUAAGUUUAAUGUCGUGCUGUGAUAAGUUGGUGACUUUCCUCUUUGCUCUUUCUAAAGAAGACAACCUAUGUUUGUCCGAGGAAAAGUCCCAGCAGUCUGUGCUGAAGAGCCUGUGUCAUCCACCCGCUGUUCACUUUGGAACUGUUCAACUGUAGAAAUGUCAGAUGGAGGUUUCGUGCUUUGUCCUUUUCCUUUUUUUUAAAACCCAACAAUACAACAUGGGCUUUUCAGCUAUGGAACACUUCUGUUUUUGUGGAAUUCCCUCUUGCUAUAUCUUCUAUGCAAUUCCUUUUCUAGAAAAACCCUGGUGGAGGAGGAGAGCUCCCUGGGCAUCCUGCCCACCACGUCGCUGUGUGGCAGAGGUGAGGGGGCACCAGCUCUGGGUGUGCCUCUGCUCUCUCCCUGGCUGCCGCUCCCCAUUUUCCUGCAGUCCCCUUGGUUUGUAAAUUGCCUGCAUUUAUUCUGCCAGCCAACAUGUACAAAAUGUAAGAAAGAAUUUUUAAACAGGUAAUAAAUUAUAUUUAU